AUGUCAAACCCUCAAACACCAUCAACCGCAGGGGACUUCUCCUCAGCCAGCACACCAUUGAAGAAGUUCAAAUUGGUAUUCCUAGGUGAACAGUCAGUGGGGAAAACUAGUUUGAUCACUAGAUUUAUGUACGAUACGUUUGAUAACACGUAUCAAGCGACUAUAGGUAUUGACUUCUUGUCAAAGACGAUGUAUCUUGAAGAUAGGACAGUGAGAUUACAGUUAUGGGAUACAGCCGGACAAGAACGAUUCCGUUCACUUAUCCCUUCCUAUAUCCGAGAUUCUUCAGUAGCUGUGAUAGUAUAUGACAUUACGAAUCGAACGUCUUUCCUCAACACGACCAAAUGGGUAGACGACGUAAGGAAUGAGAGAGGACAAGAUGUGAUUAUUGUGUUAGUGGGGAAUAAGACGGAUUUGAAUGAUAAGCGUCAAGUGACACCCGAAGAAUUAGAUAAACGAGCGAAAGAACUAGGAGUCAUGUCGAUCGAAACUUCUGCUAAAGCGGGAUACAACGUCAAGACGUUAUUUAAGAAAAUCGCAAUGGCUUUACCUGGUGGAAGUGCCGAAGUGAAAGAAACGGCCAAUACGAAAAUCGACGUAUCUGCUCCAACACAGCAAGUACCCCAGGCAUCAGGUUGUCAAUGUUAG